AUGUCGGACGGGGGCGAACAUCUCAAAGAUGAAGGCACCAAGCGACAAGUCGUGUUGGCCGGUGGCAUUGCCGGAUUGAUUUCACGGUUCUGUAUUGCACCACUCGACGUUGUCAAGAUUCGACUGCAGUUGCAAGUUCACUCCUUAUCGGAUCCUAUUUCACAUCAAAUCAUCAAUGGGCCCAUCUACAAAGGGACCUUGUCCACAAUGCGGGCCAUUGUGAAGCAUGAGGGAAUCACUGGUCUGUGGAAAGGAAACAUCCCCGCCGAAAUAAUCACUUGCCCAACUCGACUCCUAUCGACUUCCCCCUCUGUCGAAUCUUUCAUUUCGGGUGCAGUUGCUGGUGGAUGUGCAACAGGGGUUACGUACCCGCUAGAUCUCCUCCGCACACGAUUUGCCGCACAGGGCCCAGACCGCGUUUACGGCUCCUUGCGCGCCUCUGUGGUGGAUAUUGCUCGACACGAGGGACUUCCGGGCUUUUUCCGAGGCUGUUCAGCCGCGGUUGCACAAAUUGUACCGUACAUGGGUCUUUUUUUUACAACAUAUGAAGCGCUUCGGCCUGUUAUGACGGCAGGGGACUUAUUACCCCUCGGCACCGGGGAUGCUGCUGCUGGUGUUGUGGCUAGUGUAUUAGCAAAAACCGGUGUGUUCCCGUUAGAUCUGGUCCGCAAGCGUCUACAGGUACAAGGGCCGACUAGAACACGUUACGUCCAUCGCAACAUUCCUGAAUACAACGGGGUGCUCCAGAGCAUGGCGAUGAUUGUUCGUACCCAAGGCGUACGUGGUCUAUACCGUGGCCUGACAGUCAGUCUCAUCAAGGCUGCACCGGCCAGCGCCGUGACUAUGUGGACAUACGAACGCACAUUGAAACUUCUUCAAGAGCACGAUAUCGCAGCUAACAGCUGA